AUGGCAUUUCAGGUUCUGAAAUUUCCAACUCACAUCAUCUCGCGCCGUUUUACCAAAACUUCAGGCUUCUACUUCCUUUCCGAUUCUAACUCACAUAACCUGCCUGCAAGAUGGGUUGGCAUGCCAAUGCAUGGUCCCUGCAGAAGCUUCGCUGCUGUGAAGUUUCCAAAGGAUCAAGCACCAAAGAAAAAGAAGAGACUAGAUGAAGUGUGCCUUGAAAGGUAUGAACAAUAUAGCCGAACUUAUGUACAGUCAUGGAUUGUACAAGGAAAAGUAUUGGUGGAUGGGAAGGUGGUCAACAAAGCUGGUACUCAAGUGUCUGAUAAAUCUAAUGUAAAGAUAAUGGCUGAAGUCCCCAAAUAUGUAUGUAGAGCAGGACACAAGUUAGAAGCUGCCAUUGAACAGUUAGGUGUUGAUGUUUCUGGCAAAGUAGCUCUUGAUUCAGGGCUGUCAACUGGUGGAUUUACAGACUGUUUACUUCAGUAUGGUGCAUCAUUUGUUUAUGGAAUUGAUGUAGGCUAUGGACAGGUAGCAGAAAAAAUUAGAACACAUGAACUUGUGAGUGUGAUAGAACGAACAAAUUUAAGACACCUUCCUGGACUUCCGCAAAAAGUAGAUGUGGUUACUUUGGAUCUGUCAUUCAUAUCUAUUCUAUUGGUCAUGCCUGCUGUAGUCAAUGUGAUGAAAGAAGAGGCAGCUUUAGUUACCUUGGUUAAACCUCAGUUUGAAGCUCGCAGAUCACAAGUAGGGAGUGGUGGUAUUGUAAGAGAUCCAUUAGUUCAUCAAGAAGUUCUUGAGAGGAUCAUCAAAGGUGUAGAGAAUUUUGGAUUUAGUAGCAAAGGAUGGAUCGAGUCUCCGCUCAAGGGUGCCGAGGGCAAUACAGAAUUUCUGGUUCACUUUACUCGAACAGCCAAGGAUAGUGCAGACAACUUAGCUAAGGAAAGUGCUGACAACAUAGCCAAGGAAACUGCAGAUAACUGAGAAUGUACAACUGC